UCCGGCUUGCCGACUGGCGCUUUGCGGGCCGCGGCGCGCCUGAAUUGGAUAGAAACGUCAGGAGCCGAACCCGGAAGCGCCGCGCCCAAAACAUUCCACACCGCGAUGAGGCCCCACCCUCGGGCUCGCGCGCGCUUGACUCCCAUUGGGCCCCGCCUUUUGGCUCAGCGCGCCUCCAAUCCUCUUCUGGAUGCUGUGCAUCUGGGCUUGUUUUAAGGGAUGCCGUCCGUCCGUCCGUCGAGAGCGCGGGUUCGAAUCCCGGCAACGGGGAUGGAAAGUGGCUGCAUGGUCGGGGCGCACGACAGGGGUUCCUUGAUUAACCUAGCCACGGUCUAUUCAAACUAGUCUUCUGAUUUCGCAGGAUCCACUGAACACCCAUUGACUACUAGGGCUACGCAGCGAUCCAAGUUGGAAAGCAAAAAGGCGGUUUGGGAGAGACGCUUGGCGCACCUGUCGGCAACUCCUUCCGUCAAGCGCGUUUGGUGGAAAGAGUUGCCCUUCCUGCUCCAUGAAUCGCCUUUGAAUCCGGAUCGCUGCAAAGUCCUGCUAAAUACGUUGCCUGGGUUUGCAGGAUCAGUUAGGCUCCAGCGAGGGAAAGCGACUUUUGCGGAAGGGCCAGGAGGCGAGGCUAUGUGCAAUGGGAGGUUUUAUUUUAGAAGGGGAUAUAGGGCAAUUUGACUGCUUGCAGCACUGCGGUUUUCAGGGGUUUCCACCUCGAAAUGGUGGGAAUGGCGCUGUAGAUUUCAGCAAUCUGCUACAAAGAGACGGAAGCAGACUUUCCAGCCCUGAGCUAAAGAGUAGUGGUCUCGUUUGUGGCUUAGUGUAUGGUGGGAAUACAGCCUCUAUUUUUUAAAGCUAAUCUGAUUCUUAUUCUGUUUUAAACAUGAAUAAGCAAAGAAACACCGAGUUUCAGUUGUGCAGCAACAGGAAUCCUCCUCAGGCUGCCCUUAUUUGCUAUAUUUAUUAACCUUCUGCCUUCCCUUUUAGCCAGAAAGGUUUUGAAGUGCUUUACAAUAAAAAUAAACCCAAUCCAUUUUCUAAAAUAUGUCUGGCUGGAAACCAACUAGCAAAUUUGAAAGUCCAUCAAUUGAAACAGGAUUCAGAAUAAGCUGUGUAAUAGCAAAAACCACAUGCUUAAUCUUUUUGCUGAAGGCACGGUGGAAAAGGAACCAUGAGCCGUAAAGUUGUGAGGUCCAGUAAGUUCCGUCAUGUCUAUGGACAACCAGUGAAGGCUGACCAAUGUUAUGACGACAUACGCGUUUCCCAAAUGACAUGGGAUGGGAAUUUUUGCUCUGUCAACCCCCAGUUCUUAGCCAUCGUUGUGGAGGCCAGCGGUGGAGGAGCCUUCCUGGUCCUGCCAUUGUCCAAGACUGGUCGCCUGGAUAAGGCCCAUCCUGUGGUCUCAGGGCACACAGCUCCUGUGCUAGAUAUAGAGUGGUGCCCCCACAAUGACCACAUUAUUGCCAGUGGAUCUGAGGACUGCACUGUUAUGGUCUGGUCAGUGCCUGAAACUGGCCUUGCAAGAUCUUUGAAUGAACCUUUGGUGACUCUUGAAGGCCAUUCCAAGAGGGUGGGGAUUGUUACAUGGCACCCAACAGCCCAGAACCUCCUGCUGAGUGCAGGCUGCGACAAUGUCUUGAAAGUCUGGGAUGUGAGUGUUGGACAGGCGGCCCUUUCUUUGGACGAGCUGCAUCCAGAUGCCAUCUACAGCGCAGCUUGGAACCAGGAUGGCUCUUUGCUCUGCACAGCCUGCCGGGAUAAGCGUGUGCGGCUUUUCGACCCCCGGGCAGGGGGCACCACUGCAAAUGAAUUGCCACGCGCACACGAGGGGUCUCGUCCUGUUCGGGCUGUGACUGUGAAAGAUGGGAAGCUUUUUACAACAGGUUUCAGCCGCAUGAGUGAGCGACAGGUGGCACUGUGGGAUCUGAGAAAUCCUGAGGAACCGUUGACUCUUCAGGAGCUAGACACAAGCAGUGGCGUGCUCUUGCCUUACUAUGAUCCAGACACCAAUGUGGUUUAUCUGACUGGCAAGGGUGACAGCAGCAUCCGCUACUUUGAGCUGACCGGCGAAGCACCCUACGUGCACUACUUGUCCAUGUUUACUUCCAAGGAGUCGCAGCGAGGAGGGGGUUGGAUGCCCAAACGAGGGCUGGACGUCAGCAAGUGCGAGAUUGCCAGAUUUUACAAACUACAUGAGAGGAAAUGUGAGCCCAUUGCUAUGACUGUGCCCCGGAAGUCAGACCUGUUUCAAGAGGACCUAUAUCCUGACACAGCUGGUCCAGAUCCUGCCUUGACUUCAGAGGAAUGGCUAGCAGGGAAGAACGCGAGCCCCAUCCUCAUUUCCCUCAAGGAUGGCUACACUCCCCAGAAGAGCCGAGAGUUCAAAGUUAACCAGAUCCUCCUUCAGGGGCCCAAGAGAAGUCAGUUUCCUCACGAAGGGACACAGCAAGGGGGUCCAGCUUUAGAGCAGCUCUCAGAGGACUUGAAACGACUGCAAGCUACUGUGUCAGAACAGGAGCGACGUAUCUCAGAGCUGGAGAGGAUUGUGAAGAAAUAGCUCCUCCCUAUCUCCCCAGUCUGGUUCUUCGUCAGUCACAAUGGACUUUGUUUCACUGGCCUUUUAAAACCCCUUUGAUCUUUUUAUGGGUGGAUCCUCAGGGCAUUAUCAAGAUUCAUCCACCCUAAACUCAGGGCAGAAGCUCAGCUUGUCCAUUCCAGACAGCCCUUUUCUGAGUUAACAGGUUCCACCUGAAAAGAUAUGAAAUUUACUUCUUUGCUUAGCCUUUGUGAAGGCAUUCAAACUGAUACCCCAUCUAUUUACAAUCUGCAGGCUUGUAUUUCCCAGGGCUCCAAAUUCUGGGUAUCUGCCUUCUGGUCCCUGCUCUGCUGUUUCCCUUAGAAAACAAAUUGUCUUCCUCUGGACUUUUUAGAAAUGCUGCACAUCGGCUUUCUUAGAUUCUGCUUUUGAGGGCAUGGUGAGGAGUGGUUCUCUCGAUUUAAUAGGGCUACAAUGUUUAAUUGAUGAUCAGUUAAGCAUCUGGAUUAACUAGUAUGCAUUUUAGCUAAUUGGUCAGUUGUUCAAUCUGAGAUGUGUCUGAAAAUUGCAGAGAGCGACCCAGUGGAAGACAGAUUCCCACCUUCGAGAGAAAGAGGAGGGGAAAUCCUGUCUGCCAUUGCUUAAUAAACUAUGCUUGUUUCUUUGGAACAAUUUUGCAUCUACAUACUUAAUUCAAACUCUAUCAUUCACCCAAAUCCUUUAAGGUUAUAAAGCAGACCUUCUUUUUAUAUACAAGUUUUAAAUAGCAAUUAUGCUUGGGAUCCAGUUUUCCGCCUGCUGUCCAAAAUAUAAUCAAAUAGCGUAAGUGACAACACAAGCCUAAAAUCAUCAGCCACUAUGUGGCAACAGCCUACUUUUAUAUAGCAAGCUGACUUCCACAAAGAAUUUAACGUAAUCUUAUCCAGCGUUUGUGGAUGCCAAAGGGAAAGAGAGAAAGCAGUUCUCCUCCACUGUCCUCCCCCACGACUGAUAUUGAAAGGCACCUUAUACCUGACGGAGCUAUUAUGACUAUGAGCCACCUGAUCACCUUAUCUUCCAUGAAUUUGUCUAACCCAUUUUUAAAGCUCUUUCUUUUUUCACCCAUGGUAUUCACCAAUGCUUUGUAGCUGAUCCUUUAAAUUUAAUAGGAUUGAUUAAUUAAUUGACAAUCUGAUGAAUCUAGAUGGCCCCUCUCUUGAUUAAGUAUGAGGGCCAACUUGAAUAGCUGACAAAUUACCAGCAGUGGCUCUUUUUUCUCCAAAAUAAAAGCAGAGUUAGAAGAGCAGAGUUCUCAUCUUCCACAAAGGACUUUUAAAAUCAGGAGGAGCCUGGAAGCACCUUUUCCAGGUAACACAUUUUAUUAAAAGACAUUUUAUUAAAAGACAUAAGCUUUUGUGAGCUGCUGCUCACUUCACAAGAUGCAUAGAUGUAGGGUUUAAAUUGGAGUGAGGUAGGGGAAGGAAGGAAAAGUCAAGUUGAUUAUGCAGACACAGGUGACAUAUAAGAGAGGUUACAAGUACCCUAUCAAUUAAUAAUUCUAGUAUGUUAAAAACCCAUUGUUGAAACCUGAGAUUGUCUGAAACCUUUAGAUGUAUGUGAGCACAAUAAUUUCUUAUUCAAUGGUGCUGUUAAAAGUUCUAUUUUUCAAAAAAAAAAAUCAUUUUGAGAUCUGUCACAGAGUCUCCUGGGAGGCUGAAUGCUCUGCAUUACUUUGUCCUUGUUUUGAGUUCUGUGUCAGUGUCCAAUAAGCUUAUGCCUUUUAAUAAAAUUUGUUAG